CUGACCCUCCGACAGUGCGGCGCUCCCUCAGCACUGACCCUCCGACAGUGCGGCGCUCCCUCAGCGCCGACCCUCCGACAGUGCGGCGCUCCCUCAGCGCCGACCCUCCGACCAGAUGAUGAUCUAAUAAUACCUUCGAACCAAAUUGUACUGGUAGCCGUCGGCGAAUUUAUGGGAUGUUUGGGGCAAUGUUUGUCUUGUCCCCUCUCUAACUCUCCCCCCCCUCUCUCUCUCUCUCCCCUUUUGUCUCCUUCAGCCCCUGGCCAUGUCGCGGGUGGCAGUCGCUGAGGAGCCCGGGUUGGUUGUCGCCAGGUACCGGAGGGACGCCUUCCCCUACGAGAGCGAGAUGUACGCCUACCCUCCGGGCGAGGCCGGGCGCGACCAGGCCCUGUACGGGCCGCUGGCCGGCCAGGCCGGCCCGGGCCGGGUGGGCCCGAGGGAGCGGGGGCAGCUGGAGAGGCAGGCCCUGCUGCGGGGCAGGGCCGACCGGGACGGCCCGGAGGGCGACGCCGGGCUGGGCGAGGCCCUGCAGCGGCUGCUGGAGGACAGCUGGCGGAGGGACCGGGAAGCGGCCUACCUGGCCCAGCUGCUGCGGGCCUGGAACGAGCUGGGCCAGCCCGAGCCCCGCCACGGUUACCUGGACGACGAUGAUGACGACGACGAUGACGACAACGACGACGGGGCGGCAGGUCGCUAUGGCAACCGCCGGGGGGCCUACCAGGCCGGGGGGCGCCUGGGCCUGGAGGGGGAGGGGGAGGGGCAAGAGGAGGAGGAGGCCGACGACGGCGGCGCCCAGGAGCUGGAGGAGCAGGUCGUCCGCUACCUGGUGGGCCGCAUCCUGUCCAAGGCCGACGCCCACGGCGAGUACCCGGCCGGGCCCCCCCGGCUGGUCAAGCGGGACCUCCCCUCCGUGCCGGGGCCCAGGCGGCUCAGGAGGUCCCUGGGCCGGGCCGACCUGCUCCGCGUCAAGAGAGUGGGCGGCGGCGAGGAGGUGGAGGAGGAGGAGGAGGAGGAGGAGGAGGGAGGUGCGCGGGAAGGCCCCGGCUACCCAGCCCCGGCCGCCGAGGAGGCCCAGAUCCCCGCCGGCCUGCAACGGACGAAGCGGAUCGAGGGGGCGCCCCUCCGGACCAGACGCUACGUCGGUUACCAGGGGGCGGAGCUGGCCGAGCGCCUCAUCAAGCUGCUGCCCGACUAAAUCCGGGUCCCCGACUGCUCCAACACAACCAGACGGGUAUAUAUAUAUAUAUAUACAUAUAGGCGGUAAAGUGAAUACAGUGGUGGUGGUUGUCGGGGUGGUUGUCGGUGGUGGU